CCGGAGCCCGGAUCCCGGAGCCCAGAACCGAGCGGGCUCGGAGCGGACCGACCCGACCCCCGUCCUCAGCCAGGCGCCAUGCUGCCGCUCCUGCUGGGCCUGCUGGGCCCGGCAGCCUCCUGGGCCCUGGGCCCGGCGCCCGGCUCCACGGAGCUGCGCUCGGCCUUCUCGGCGGCGCGCACCACGCCUCUGGAGGGCACAUCGGAGACGGAGAUGGCGGUGACCUUCGACAAGGUGUACGUCAACAUCGGCGGCGACUUCGACGCGGCCACGGGCCGGUUCCGCUGCCGCGUGCCGGGCGCCUACUUCUUCUCCUUCACGGCCGGCAAGGCCCCGCACAAGAGCCUGUCGGUGAUGCUGGUGCGCAACCGCGACGAGGUGCAGGCGCUGGCCUUCGACGAGCAGCGGCGGCCCGGCGCGCGGCGCGCCGCCAGCCAGAGCGCCAUGCUGCAGCUCGACUACGGCGACGCGGUGUGGCUGCGGCUGCACGGCGCCCCGCAGUAAGCGCUGGGCGCGCCGGGCGCCACCUUCAGCGGCUACCUGGUCUACGGCCCAGGGAAGAAGACGGGGGAGAGGUAA